AUGGAUCGAGUCGGUCCAAAACUUCUUACAAAAGCAACAAUCUACGGUCAGCAAACAAAUUUUCAACUCGACACCGGCGCUCAGGUGUCCUGUAUUCCUCGAUCUCUUAUCCCGCCAUCAAUGUACAAAGACAUUAUCCCAUCAUCUAUUCAGCUCCAGUCAUACAACGGAAACGAAAUCAAAGUUUACGGCUGCCUUUCCGCGCCCUUAGAAAUCGGAAAAAUUUCACUCAAGAACUGUAUAUUUCAAAUUGUAGGAGACCACUGCUCGCCGAUCCUUGGAACCCCUGAGCUCUCCGAAAACAAUCUUCUGAUAGAUUUGCGAGCAAGCUGCCUUCGUCAAGACAACACAACUGAGCCGAUUAUCAUCUGCAGAAGCCCAGCAGCUGGUAUCAAAGCAGUCACGAAGUCUCAGUUCUUCUCCACUUCAGCAACAUCCGUUUCUCAAAUCACCAUCAAACCAAACUCAUCAGCUUUCAUUGACGUCUGCCUCUCCGAAUCAUCGUCAAGCUAUAUCUGUGCCCUUCCAGAAAAGACAUUUAGGAAUAAAAACUUCGAAAUUUACGACCAGUGCAUCCAACUUAGCAGUCUGCAGAACAAGGCAAGAAUCCACGUUGCAAAUAAGUCAGCGAUCCCGAUCUACAUUGGUAAAAAUGCGGUUAUCUGCCACAUUAACGAGGUGGAAGUAAAAUUGCCUGAAAAAGCAAAAGAAGGAAAAUUCGAAAAUGUUAUCAAAGAACUAUCUAUAGGAGAAGUUCCUUUAGAAAUACGACAAAAAUUAUUGGACCUUAUCUUCUACUUCAUCGAUGUAUUUGCAGUAGAAGAUGAGAAACUUGGGACGACCGAUGCGAUGUCCUAUAGUAUCGACACAGGCGAUGCAGCACCCGUCGCAUCCCAGCGAUAUCGAUCGCCGUAUUACCUACGGAAGGAGAUGAAACGAAUAAUCGAAGAAAACGUUUCAUCCGGACUCCUGGAACCCUGUUCGAGCCCAUGGGCUGCUCCUGUUCUUCUCGUCAAAAAACCAAAUGGAAAAUGGCGGCUCGUGUGCGAUUACAGGAAGCUGAACCAGGUUACCAUAGCUAAUCAGUACCCUCUACCGGAGAUAGAUGGAUUAAUUGAUCAGAUGUCAGAAUCUACGGUUUUUUCAACAGCGGAUCUCUUUACUGGCUUUCAUCAAAUCCCUUGUGAUGCUGAUACAAAACAAAAAGUGGCCAUAACAACUGACUUUGGUCAAUUUACUUGGACUGCGAUGCCUAUGGGGGGAAAAAACGCGCCUGCCGUCUUCCAAAUGAUGAUGGACAAGAUAUUUAAGGACGUCCCAAGCAGCGAGCUUGCAAUCUAUUUGGACGACUUAUGUUUACAUUCGAAGUCAUAUGGAGACAAUCUGAAGACAAUCGAAAAAGUAUUAUCGAUACUUCGGCGAAACAAUUUGAAAAUACGCGCCGCGAAAACCGAGUUUCUUAAACCAAGAGUGAAGUUCUGCGGAGCAAUAAUCGAAAACGGUUUCCGUUUUCCGAACCCUCUCAAAACAAAAGCCGUUCGAGAGAUUGCCCAGCCAACUACAAAAUCAGAAGCUGCAAGUAUCUUUGGACUACUUAACUACCACCGCAACUUCAUCCCGCACUUCGCCUCAAAAGCUGCUCCAAUAAACAUAGCGAUGAGCAAAGGAUUCAAAUGGACAGAUGAAGCAGCAGUUGCCUUAGACAGAUUAAAAAGCGAAAUUUGUGGCAUUGUUGACGCGCUAAAAAUCCCGAAUCCAAAUAUUGGAGAAUUCGCUAUCGAAACAGAUGCAAGCGAAAUUGGAAUCGGAGCGGCACUCUUCUACAGGAAGACAAAGAAAGACAAAUUCUGUCCUGUGGCCUACCUAUCCCAAAAAUUCGAUGACGCACAACGAAACUACAACAUAAGUGAGAAGGAGCUCCUGGCUGGUAAGCGAGCGAUGGAGAAAUGGAGUCAUUAUCUCCUCGGCCGGAAAUUUACCUGGUUUACGGACAAUUCAUGUGUCAACUGGGCGCACAAAAUAAUGAGCCGAAAACUAAAGAUCGCUAAGUGGCUGGCCGAGAUAAGUGAAUUCGACUUCCAAACUAUCAUGAAACCGUCUAAGGAAAUGAAAAUUUCCGACUGUCUUUCUCGCCAAAUCAACGAGCUUCAAAAACCAACGAUCAGUAUUGUUAAACCCCGCGACUUCCUCUUCCUUCAAGAAUCAGAUGGAAUCCUUCGAGAUGUUAUCAAAUUUCAGAAAGCUGAUCGUUGGCCAGGGGAGACGGACUCAGACACCAAAGAACUUAAGCGACACCGGGGCCUUCUUUGCUUCGGAGACAAUGGAGAGCUCGGCAUAGACAAAAACGGAUUCAAAGCAAUACCACCCGUUUCAAUUCACCGAGAAAUAAUGGAGGAGUACCACGACAGGUCGGGCCACCCUGGGAUCACUCAAACGCUUAAAAGUAUCGAGGAGAAAUACUUUUACCCAAACCUUAAAGCAACGGUGACUAACUUCAUUCGAUCGUGUCGAAAAUGCCAGCUGAUGAAGCCGACAACAAAUCCACUCAAUGCCCCACUUGGACAUGUGACUGCACCACUCCAGCCAUUCGAGAAGUAUUCGAUUGAUCUCAUUGGACCCCUACCGAUAACUGACAGCUAUAAAAGAUUCAUUUGUGUCUCCACCGAUCUCUUUAGUAAGAGAACGAAUGCCUCUGCACUACGCUCAAAGAAACCAGAAGAAGUCCUCGACGCGCUCCGAUCAGAAUGGCUCCGUAACCCUCACCUACCGAGAGAGAUUCUUAUGGAUAAUGGAGGAGAGUUCAAAGCAGUCAGAGAAUUUGCAGAAGAAAAAGGACUGCGGGUUCGACUUUCGCCAGCAUACCACCCGCAAACUAACGGUGAAGUUGAGAAUAGGAACCGUACAAUCAAAUCCCGGCUGAAACUUGCCUGUGGCAUGGAAAAUUGGGACGCUUGGUUACCAACAGUCAUUCAUCAGAUGAAUUCAGCACAGCACUCAGUAACGAUGGCCUCUCCGUUCGAAAUCGAAACAGGCUUCAAGGGAGAAAAUUCAAACGACAAGUACCGCCAGAGGCAGACAAGAAACACCAUCAACUUUGAGUCAAUUCGAGAGAAGAUUCAAGCGAAUCAUGAUAAACGACGAUCCUCAGACGAGAAAAUUCACGAGUUCAAGCUAAACGACCUUGUUCUCUGCAAGAAUGUCGACCCACUCGAAAAAAUCUUCAAAUGGUCCGGACCCUUGAAGAUAACGGCAAUCAAAAACCAGGGACUUAGUUUCGACCUAUUAAAUCCGCAAACGGGACGCGACAUGACAAGGCACAUCAGCCACCUAAAGCCAUUUAUCAGCAGACCUGAAGACGACCAACCAAAGGACGAAAAACCAGAAGAUCAAAAGCAACAGACGAACGACGCGAAACCAAAACCGAGGAAAUUCAACAGAAGAACUUCCUACUUCAUCCAGACAAGAAGCCAAUGA